AGAAGUAAAUGAAAGCUCCAACCAAGGUGGUCUUAAUCUGAAGUUGGUAGAAACAGUAGAGCAGGAAGAUCAAACGCCUAAUCAACAGGAAGAUGAGCGAAGUGUGGAAAAACAAGUGGAGCCUGUUGAAGUGUUAACCAGCGUCACAGAUACGACCCAGCACCAUGCAAACUCGAGCUCAGAGAGUGAUAGCAACGAUAGCAAUUCAUCUUCUGAAUCCAGUGAUGAUAUGGAAUCUGAUCUUUUAGCAUUGUUGAAUGAUCGGGAAACAUUACUAGCUCGCCAAACAAAGGCGGCAGAGCAGGCCGUAGCCGACAAGGAACACUCUGAAAACACCUUGACUGCUCCUCUCAGGAUCACGUCCCCGAAAAAUUCUGUCCUUAUCAAAAAGGUCUUGUCUGGAAAGAAGCCCAACGGCCCAUUGAAAGCACACUCAUAUAACCGUUCCGUGCCUCCCAUGAAGUCCGGCUCUCACAAUAAAUCCAAAUCUCCUCCAAACCCAACAAACCAUUACCGGUCUCCUUAUAGCCUUCCAAGCGCAACAUGGGAAGUCAAUGUUGAUCGUGGGGAAGAAGGCGGAUCACGUAAAGAGAAUGCAGCUUGGGUUGGGCAUCAGCGCCAUCGGAAAUCGCUUUUACGUAAAGAGCGUAACGCAUCGACGCAAUGGAUUGUUGAAGACUCCUCUGUCGACGACCGACAGCGCCGAAAGCUAUCCACUAAACGAAAGAGAGAACCAUCGUUAGCUAGACAGUUACGAUAAUGCUCCAUUUUUGUACUGAAAGCUUUGGCCCAACCUCCACUGUACAUGCAUCCUAUAUACCCCUACUUUACUCAAUGCGCGUCAUUGUUGUAACUUUGUGUCUAAAUCCAUACGUAUAUCGCGACAAUCUCGCUUUUAAUAACCCCAAAUUUUGUUACUGUUCGUUCACCAUCUGUAUUUACACAGCAGUAUAUAAAGUAAAGCUCAGCAGGAUA